CAGAUUACGCUGUAACGUUUCGGACAAGUCCAGAUAGUUCGUAGACGGGUGCUCUGCUGCCAGCUGCUGCUCUGAUCUCGGCUCGUGCUUUGGUUCGGCUGCUUGGCACGGACUGCCCCCGACCGCCCGGGGCUCGCUCUGCCGCCUGCUGGCAACGCCAAUCUUUGCAUAGCGUGGACCGUCCAGUUCGACUAUUUCGGGAGGAACUCGUCUCGUUAUAUUAUGCUGCAUCUCGAUCACAAUCACCCUCAUCAUCUCUCCCCAAAGGCAAACCUCAUCUUGCAGAACGACCCGCUCCCCUCCUGGGCGCCCCGCACCCGCGACGACUCCCGCCACCAGGACCUCCCCUUUGACAACGCUGCAAAGGUGUUGGUGCACCCUAACCCCAGCCCCGACUUUUACUCGUCCCAUGGGCCCGUCACCCCCGUCGACGGCACCGACCCCGCUCUGCCCGGCACGUCCCCCUCCUCGCCCGCCGAAGUGCAUGACGAGACAGCCCCCGCACCCGAGGCGAGCGGGCACGAGCCACAGAACGAUGCAGAUGCAUCGCAUCCGGGAGCGCCGUCAGGCGCCGUGGACAGUGCAUCGCGGCAGUCUACACCGCUGAGCGAGCUCUCAACUGCCCCCGACGACGAGCCGCUGCGAAACGAGAAAGAGGAGAAGCAACAGGAAGCUGAGCAGCAGGAUGGAUCCUCUACAGGUAACGCGGCUUCCACUUCCGAAGAAGCACCGCCAGCGGACCGAGCGGACGCCGCAUCUAGUCCUCUCAGUACACCAGCCAUGGAGAACUCGGACGGCAACGUGGACGAGUCCAAGGUUUCGUCCUCGCCUCGCGCUGAUGCACCGCUUCCUUCUCCACACCCUGCGCCACCCACGGGCGGCUCUUCCGCGCUGGGACAACAUCAGGCUCAGCAAGCCCAGGAGUCUCGACAAACCCCUCAGAACGAAGCCAGCGCGCACGAGAGCAAUGCAUCUGCAGGUCCUUCUUCUCAGGCCUGGCCGGGAUCCCCGGCCCUCCGUGCGCGCUCGCACCAGCAGUCGGGUGGCUCGUCGUCUGGCCACCCCGCCGAGUCAAAGGUUGUUACCAUUUUGCAGCUAAAUUCGGAGCUUCUGAGGAUAUACAUGGAGUUCCACGCGCGUGGUAUCCCGCUCACGGAGGCUCGUUGCCAGCAGUACUCGGCGCGAAUAGAGUCGAAUUUAGCAUGGCUCGCCGCUGCCCACGACGAGAGCAGCAAAGUGGGAAAUCAUCAGGGUAUCCGUCUACCUACUAUGAACCCGCCACCACCCGUCGAAUUCACGUCCAUGGAACGCAUCAACCAGUUGUACAGCCAGCUUCCUAUAGUGUUUGCUCACGAUAUUGCCCGCAAUCAGCAGCAGAUUGCUGCUGCGACCGUGUCCCGCAUGACGUCUUCUGCGUCGCCCAGUCUUAAACGGGAGAGAACGGAAGAACCCUCGCAGGGUGACUUGGCCGGCAAGCGCAGGGACACCGGCGAGAGUAAAAUCAUGCCCGCCCCUCCAAGCGGUAUGAGCAUGCCUCCGCAGCAACCGGGCGCCAUGGGCGCGCCGUCUACGCCCAUACCCUCGAACCCAGCGCAAAUACUCCCCAGAGCCCCCCAGAGACCCAUGACGAGCGCAAGUCCGCCGCAUAUGAUGCGCGCGCCGUCGCAGAUGGGCACGCCCAUUGUUCCGUCGCCGUCGAUACCGCCGUCUGCGUCCCCGAGCCACGGUAUGGAUGCACAGCGGAUGCGCCAGCUGCAGCAAUACCAGCAGGCGAUGAUGCAGCAGCAACAGCAUGCCCAGCAAGGUGUCGGUGGUGGUGGUAUGCCUGGUGCCGGCGGGAACCAUAUGUCACCGCCACCCGCUGGUUCGCAGCAGCACCAUGUCCCUUCCAUGCCACAGGGGAUGAUGCCGCAGAAUGCACACCGUUCGAGCCCACCCAAUAUGUCCGGGCCCGGCUCGGCUCCGAUGAACAACUCCAUACCGAGCAAUCUGACGCCGGCGCAGAUCGCUGCGCUGAACUCGCUCGGGCCGAACGCGAUCCACAACUACCAGAUCCUGCAGAAUCCGAUGCACCCGAUGAUGCAGUACUUGAGUCAGACGAUGCCGGGGUUCAUGUCGCUGCCGCUGCAGUUGCAGCUGCAGAGAAUGCAGGCUCUCCAGACGAUGGCACGGCAGAACCAGAUGAACCAGCAAGGGGGUGGCGGCCAGCGACCGCCCGGCCUGGGGCAGCAGCAUCCUGGUAUGUCAGGGAUGCAGCAGCAGGCACAGAACAAUAACAUGCCGGCGAGCGCUCAGUUCUUGGCUGGGAAUAGCUCCAAUCCUCUCGGCCCGCAAUCGGGGAUGGGCCAGCAACAGAUGCCAGGGCAGUCGAUGCAGGGAAAUCAGCUUCCUUUCGGCCAUAAUCCGAACCUUCCUAACAUGGGUGGCGCGGGUCCCUCUGGCAUGGGGCAAGGGCCGAAUAUGUCUGGGAUCAACCUCAAUAACCUGACGCCGCAACAGAAGCAGCUGUUGCUUAUGCAGCAGCAGCGAGGGAAUAUGCUGCAAAAUAUGAAUCCUGCGAUGAUGAAUGCCCAGAUUAAUCCCCAGCUGUACGCUCAGAUGCGGCAGCAGCAGCAGCAACAACAACAACAACAGCAGCAGCAGCAGCAGCAACAGCAUCAUCAUCAUCAGCAGCAGCAGCAGCAAGCUCAGGCGGGGUCGCCGCCGCAGUCGGCUCGUAUGGGGUCUCCCAUGGUAGGGCCAAAUCAUGGUGGGGAAGGAAGCUCGCAUCAGCAAUUCAAUCCUUUGCGUUCAAAUAAUGCUGCGAUUCCCGGGAUCGCGCGGAGCACCCGGUCUCCUUCCGACAGUGGUCAAUCUCCGAUGACGCCGAGAGUCCCUAUGAGGGCGCCUUCGGCACAGCAGAUGUCGUCGCACCCUCCAGGCCAGGACGAUUAUCAGCGGAUGAUGAUGCAAGCUCAGCAGGCGGCAGCCGCUAGGAGCGGGUUUGUCAAUCCGCAGCAGCUUGCCGGGGGAAACCACUGGCAGCAGCAGAUGAGUAUGGGUAUGGGCCAAGGGCAGGCGUCCCAGGGCUCGUUUAAUAUGCAAUCUGCCGGUGGCGGUCAAAGCGGUGCUGGGUCUGCUGAUCAAUCGCAGGCGUGGCAGCAGGGUGGCGGAUAUCCGUUCGCUGGUUCGCCAUCUGGUGGUCAGCAACAGAUGCAGGAUCCGUCUUCUGGACGCGCAACCUCCUCUACCCCAAUACCCAUGUCGGCCUCGCAACAGUAUCAGCAACAAAGUAAUCAGGGUGGUGGAGGCCAAGGCUCAGGAGAUAACUUUGAUUCCAUGUUCAACUGGGGAUGAUCCUGUAUAAUCGGGAGCGUCAUGCUGUACAUACUCACCUUGUUUCGAGAUUUUUUAUUAGUGACACUGCUUGAUACACUACACCAGGAUCUUAUGUCUAAGCCCCUCACCAUUCUGUCCCCGUCGCCAAGUCUGUAUGCUUUCUUGUCUGUCUUUAUGCGCGUAUGUACUCUCUAGAUGAUUGGAGUUGCAAGUACAAUAUCUUAGCAUACCUGCCUCAAAAUGUAAACUUAUGGGUUCUCUUUGCCGGGCGAUAUGAAUGGGUAUAUCUGGUCACC